UUACUUUCGAGAGUAUGUGGUCCAAGUAUAGUUGUUAUUCUUAGUUUUAUUUUUAGUCCUGUUGUGCAACAAUACUGUUGUUAGCGUCAAUAUCUGGAACCUGAUUUAUUUAUUUAUUUUUACAUUUUACGUAUUGAACUAAUAAGCAAAUAUUAACAGAAUGGCAGAUAAAAUCGACAUGUCGUUGGAUGAUAUUAUCAAACAAGACAGAAGUAAGUUUCGUAUUCGUGGUAGAGGCGGGGGAAGAGGAGGACGAGGCCGUGGAGCUAGGCCUAAUAGCGGUGGUGGAGGACGUUGGGCUGGCGGUAGCAGUGGAGGUGCCAUUCGUAAUCGUCAAUCGCAGGGCUGGUCUAGACCUUUACCAUAUUCCAGGCCUAAACAGCUUCCAGAUAAAUGGCAGCAUGACAUGUUUGAUGGUGGGGCUGAAGGAGGAGGAGCAAGAGAACUUACUACUGGGGCUGCAAAGUUGCUGGUUUCCAAUUUAGAUUUUGGUGUAUCCGAUGCUGAUAUAAAGGAACUAUUUUCUGAGUUUGGUGCCCUGAAAAAGGCUGCUGUUCACUAUGACAAAUCUGGUCGCUCACUAGGUACUGCAGAUGUGGUUUUUGAACGACGUUCUGAUGCAGUCAAGGCUAUGAAGCAGUAUAAUAAUGUACCAUUAGAUGGUCGUCCAAUGUCUAUCCAGAUUGUCACGUCACUUACACAAAGAGGAGCAGUUAGUAGCAGAAUCGGAAGUGUGGUGAGAGGAAGAGGAGAAAGUGGCAGGUCAAGAGGUCAGGGCAGAGGUCGUGGAGGCCAGAACCGAAAAGUUCCCACAGCUGAGGAAUUAGAUGCUGAACUGGAUGCCUAUGUAAACAAGAUGGACUAAUAAAGAUCUUUUGGCAGUUACAUUUCUCCAUUGAAAUUGUUUAAGGCCAUAAUUCUUCCAGCAAGAAGACGUAUUGGACAGAAAUCAAUAAGGCACACUGCAUUUUUGUUAGCAUGUGCAUUUGUACUUGGAUAUUUCUUUUAGCAUCAGUUUGUGAUUUUAAAACAAUGUAAAUCAUAAUCGUGUGUGUUAAUUGAUUAUCAUCCUCAUUUGAUUAGUUGUAAAAUUUGCUUCAUGCUCAUAAUAAACAUUUUAUAUUAUAUAUCAA